AAGAAGAAGGAGAAGAAGCAUUAAGCGUUUGCCCUACCGUUACCAGUCCCCGCCGAGAAACGAGUAGCAGCAGCCAUGGCCGACGUAGUUCAGUACCGCCUCGAGCGGAUGGUUGACGAGCUUGAUGAUUUAGAGCGUAGAGGAAUCUUCACUCGUGCAGAGAUUAGUGAGAUCGUGAAGCAGAGGCGUAAGUUCGAGUACCGAUUAAAGCGUCCGAGCCCACUCAAAGAGGAUUUUAUAGCCUAUAUUGACUAUGAGGUCAAGCUCGAUGAGCUUCGCCUGCUACGUAGGAAAGCGGUGAGGCGUGACUCUACGAAGAGAAAGAAGAAAUCGGUUUCUGAUUUCGCCGGUGUUGCUAGGAUUGUGGAGAUUUAUAGAUUGGCUACUAUGAGGUAUAAGGGAGAUAUCAAUUUGUGGUUUAGGUAUCUCGAGUUCUGUAAACAGAAGAGGCAUGGGAGAAUUAAGAAGGCCUUGGCUCAAGCUAUUAGGUUUCAUCCAAAAGUUGCUGGAGUGUGGAUAUAUGCUGCGGCUUGGGAAUUUGAUAGAAACUUGAAUGUUGCUGCAGCUCGUGCUCUUAUGCAGAAUGGACUCAGAGCGUGUUCUAACUCUGAAGACUUGUGGGUUGAGUAUCUGCGGAUGGAACUUACUUACUUAAAUAAGCUGAAAGCUCGUAGAGUUGCCCUUGGUGAGGAUAAAGGAAGUUUGGUGCGUGACACGAAAAGCGUCGAGGAUGAGAAGUGGAAAGAUGAAAACAAAGAGUUGUUUAUGUCGCUGGAUGAGAAAGAAGGGAAUGAAAAGGAAGAAAGUGACGACUCUAAUGUUGAAGAUGUUGAGGAUGUGACUGAGAAAGUUGACUUCUUUCGGGAAAAAGGGUCUAAUGUUCUUCAGGCUAUCUAUAGUGGAGCCGUUGAGGCUCUUCCUUCUAGUUUUGACUUGAGGAAGCGUUUUUUGGAGAUUCUAGAGGCAAUAGACUUGGCCCAUUCAGAUGAAAUCCGGAAUACGAUUCUAAGUGAUCUGAAGCGUGAUUUUUCCAAGGAUCCUGAAUACUGGAAUUGGCUUGCUAGACAUGAAAUGAGUGGUUGCAUUAGCAAAGAGAGAAGCCUAGAGUUUGCCAAUCCUCAAAUGCAAAAGGCUAUUCAGGUUUUUGAAGAGGGCUUGCAAACUGUUACUUCAAGUUCUAUGUUUGAGAUUUAUAUAAAGUUUUUGAUGGAGGCUAUUGUACAGUCAAAUGGUGACGAUGAUGAAAAUUCCCUUUUGGCUAAUCCGGUUGGGGACUACAUUACACAUAUCAUAAACGUGUACCAAAAGGCUGAUGAAACCGGGUGUUUGACUGAGGAGCUUGCGGAUGAAUAUGUUUCUCUGUACUUGAAACUGGGAAAGACUCAUGAAGGCAAGAAGCUAGCAGAAAAACUUUGCUCUGGAAAAUUUACUGCAUCAGCUAAGUUGUGGCUUUCAAGAGUUUCCAUUGAAAUAAGAUCACUUUCAGGGAACUCAACUCCUAGUAAAGCAGAAUUGCAGACAGUCUUUGAGCUCCUUUCAAAUGCUUGGAAGAACGUACCGAUCUCAGAAUCUGAGAGCCUGUGGCUUAUGGCUUUUAAGUUCUUUGCUCAUCAGGGAACUUAUUUUGACAAGCUUGUAGAGAUGUCCAUCCUAGCAGUAGCCAAAAACCAUGGGAGUGACAAUGUGUUUUCCCUUGCUUCCACGGUGGUGAAAUUUGUUCUUGAAACAAAAGGGAGCCACAGUGCGAGGAAGAUAUACAAGAGGUUCUUGGCUCUUCCCGGUCCCAGUCUAGUUCUAUACAAAAAUUGCAUUGAAAUAGAGACCAACCUUUUAUCCCUAGGUGAUAAAGAUAGUCUCAGUAAUGCCCGGAAGCUAUAUGAUUCUGCUGUUGCAAGUUACAGUCAAGACGUGGAGCUGUGGAAGAAUUACUACUCAUUGGAGACAAAGAGGGGAACGUCAGAGACGGCUAACGGAGUGUAUUGGCGUGCGAGAAAGACUCUGAAGGAUUCUGCGGAUUUCGUAGUUGGAUCUGAUUUGUAGGUAGUUUUAUGGAGGAAACACUAUGCUUUCCCCGUAUUUGUGAUCCUUAAGAAGAUUUUGGUUGUAAAAAAGCAGAAGACUAUGUACUGCUUUAUGAUUCUAGUUCUACACUAGACACAUUUUUGAUACAAAAACAUGUUGCCAUAUGCCUGAGUCUUUUUGGUU